UCCAGAAUUAACCGUACAAAAUACCGAUACAUUUUACCGUGACGUCAUCGGUAAUCUUAAGGUAUUAUAGCGGUUGAAUUAGUUCUUGUAUAAUCUGGAACGCCGUGGUAGCAGGCUGGUUGAUUUCUAUUUAUAACGUUAUAAUAUAACCACACUUUUAAGUAUUGAACGAUUGAACGUACGGCCUUUUUACUGCAUUAUAAUGAUGAACCUAGAAUGCGAAUAUUUAAAUACUCGGUUUGAAAUAACAGUCGACGCUGAAACACACGCAGCACUAAUGCAGGAUGAGGAACAGAGGAACAAUUAUAUUAAGAGAGUGUACGAAACUAGUAUUAACCCAUACACUCAAUCUGAGGAAAUGGAAUCACAGCCGUUGGAAGGAAAGCCUCAUCAAUGGAAAAAGGAAACAAUAGUGUUACUGAUAGAAACUAGGCUCUCUCGGGAAUUAGAAUUCAACAGGCCCACAUGCAAAAAAAAGAAGUUAUGGCAACAAAUUGCAAAAAUUAUUAAUGAAAAACUUCGAGUGAACGUUACCAGCGACGAGUGCGAUUUGAAGUAUCGUAAUCUUUUAAAAACGUAUAAAAAUAACAAAAAGAAGCAGCAAUCUUCUGGAGAAAGUGCGAUAACCUGGGAGUUCUUUGAGCGUUUUGAUCAUGUUUUAGGCUGCAAAGCGGCAAUUACUCCUGCAGAAGGUUCCCUAUACGACACGUUGGAGAAUGAUGAUUCAGAAAAUAUUGAACCAGACUCACAACCAUACGAAGAGCUACCUGCUUCUCCCAGCGCAUCAGCAGGAUCCGCAGGUACAGAUGUCAAUACUCAAAAGAGUAAAAAACGAAAAAUGCAGAUAAGUGAUUAUUUACUAAAGAAAUUGGAAAUGGAAGAUGAGAAAAACAAAAGAAAGGAGUUGUUUCAACAGCAAAAAUGGGAGGAGGAAAAACUAUUAAAAGAAAAAGAAAUUAAUGCCAUACUAAAAUUAGUACAAGUAUUAGCUUCAAAAUGUGAAACUUAGUUUGUAUUUUCAAAUAUUUUUAUGUAGUUUUAGAG